AUGUCGACAACCAGCUCGCCGACUUCACUGGCUAUUGAAACUUCAGUCCCUAUCGUGACCGUUUUUGAUGGCGAUUAUUCAUUUUCUACGAGUUCUCUUUUUGCCAAUGAUUCUCUUCCAUAUUCUUCUUUAAUUGAUAUCGCUGCUUCGUCAUAUUCGCCUACUGCUGUUUCUUUGGAUUUCGCUUCGUCUUCCGAUUCAUCUAGUUUUGUUUCUUUAGAUAUCUUCAAUUCAUCCGUGUUUUCUUCAUUACCGGCUUCAUCCUCUCCUGGAUAUAUAUCUGAUUUGAGUUUGUCCACUUUGUCAACACAUCCAAUGUCCUUUGCGUCGUCUGCGUCUUCCUUAUCGCCUUCGUUUACUUCAACUGUGGAUUCUAGUCAAUCUGGUCUCGCUGUAAAAGUAGAGAAUAUGAGUCAGCAUACAGAUAAGGGUAUUGAUCAUUCAGUAAAAUGUCACCAUGAAUUACUUAAAUACUGUUCAUUCAUCUGUAAUAAACAUGUUUACAAUUAUUUCUCUUUCAUUGUGCAAUUAUUCCACGGAUCGGAUGAACACGUUGUUCAAGGUGCGACUGUGCAGACGGUUACUUUGGUGAUCUCAUCACCGUUGGUCAGAGAGAACAAGUCAUUGGAGUGGAGUGACAGUCUUCUGGAUCCGACUUCAUCCUUGUUUCAGGAAUACUCCACAGAAGUGUGUGAUCUGCUCAUCAAAAGCAUGACGACAGCUGAUAUCGAAGGACUAAUCAACGUCACUUGCACCGUGGUUAGCUUUCAACGUGGAUCAGUGAUUGGAAACGCGGUAUUAACCGUCCAACAUGAUAUUUCCAGUGAGAACUUCUCAACAAGCAGUGUGACGGAGCAGACUGUUCUCGCCGCGAUUGUCCAAUACACAGAAGAACUAGUUACCAAUGGUACUGGUCAGGUGUACUUUGGUGCAGCGAGCAACAUUACGAUAGAAGCUGUACCGGAAACCACAACGACAGUGAUGGCGACAGAAGCGGCGAACACUACAAUGCAC